GUAUUGGGAAGUUUCAAAUAAAAGUCUGAAGUUCUGACAGACUAGUAUUUAAAAUAUUAUUAUUAGCUCAAAAUUACAAGUUAUUCAAUAACAAUUCGCAGUUAGUAUGUCAAUUUUGUGUUAACUCUUCCAGUGACAUUAAGAACACGUAUUCAGAGCUUUCGUCAUUUGAAGAAAUGUUUCUUACCAAACUUGUUUUUUUUUUUUUUUCUGAAGGAGAAAUAAUCUAAUGCAAUUUGUUUGUUUGCAACUAUAUGCAUGAUAGACAUAUGAGUUAACUUUAUUUUCUUAAAUGAAAUUAUAUCAUUUUUUACACAUUCAUGCGUUCUAAUAUUUUCUAUAAAUGAAAAUAAUAACUUAAACGUAUGUUGAAAAACUAUUCGUUUAGGAGCUAUUUUAAGUUUCGUAAAAUUAAUAUAUGAAGUUUCUGUAAAAUUAAUAUAUAAAGGAUGAGAAAAGGCAGUAUUGGUACUAUUUUUUUUUUCGUCUUUCGAAAUUUUAAUUAAAAAUGAAGUUGAAAUAUCUCUUAAACUAAUAAUUUUUCAAUGUGAGUCUAUAUCUUUUCAUAUAGGAUAUCAAGCUACAUCCAUUGACUCGAUGAAUCAAAAAGUAUAUCAUUCUGUUUAAAAAAGUAAAAAUAACAACGAAAUCUCUUACAAAAAUCUCUUAUUCGAAAGAAAAAGAAUACAUACAUCACAGAAUGUUGUCCUCUAAACCAACUCCCUUGCAAAAAAUUUUUUUCGUACAACGCAAGCCUUGGAAGUUAUUCGAGGUGAGCACAUUUCGUACACUACUUUCUAUGGUAUAUAGUGUGGUAGUGGUUACCAUAGAUAUAUAUUGAUAGAUUAUAUAUUGUGGAAUGAAUAUACGUAAUGUUUGUAUGGAAGGAUGAGUGUGGCGAGAAUGUGCAUAUAAUUGUGGUGUGGUGUAAUCUGAGUGUUUGAUAUAUUUCAUAGCAGAAGAAAGAACGAAUGAGAGAUGUAUGCGAAAACAAUUGAGCAAGCAUGGUGACGAGAAACAGUUGUGAUCGGGGGAGUUGAAUGAGAGACGCGAAGCAUGAGAGAGGAGAAACAAGAUUGAAUUGAUAAGAGAGUGAAUCAAUAAGAGUAAAACAUUAUAUGUAUUUCAUAAUGUAUAUUAAAUCUAUCAAUAAUCAGUGUUCAUUAUUCGAUCCACUAACAAAUGGUAGCAGAGGUCCGUGGUUACUGAUAACGUUUUAAGAAAAUAUUCGUGAAAGUGAAUAAUAAAAGGUGCAAAGAUGGCCGAUGCGUGAAAUAUCGUGAGCGUUGAACCGCUUGACGAUUCGAAUUACUUUAUAUGGAAAGAAAAAAUAGAAGGAAUCCUACGAUCGAAACGAUUGUGGAAAAAGGUGAUUGGUCUACCGUUGGAAGAACCAAUCGUAGGACAGGCAAAUUAUGAAGAAACACUAAAAAAUUGGGAUGAGUGAGAUAAUAACAAUUACGCAGCUAGGACCAUUAUGAUUAAUACAAUGAGUAAGGUACAAUUACUGAGGUAUAAUAAGAAUAUGAAUUAAAAAUGUAUAUAUUAUGAGGGGUUCGCUCAGAAUAUGAUCCUAACGUGAGAGUACUUGAAUCACAGAGGAAUAUAUCAGUGAAGGACAAACUGUAUUAGGUACAUGAGAUGGAUGAGAAUGAUAUGCAUGUAUGUGAGAGUGAUAAUUACCGUUUAUGGCUGUUAGAUUCAGGGUCUACGAGUCACAUGACUUAUGACGAAUUAAUAUGUGAUAAUUUUGUUGAAGAAAAAAGGCGAAUUAGUACGGCAGAUAGGAAAGGAAAGAUAUUAACCUCGAAGGGAAUUGGUAAUGUCAUUGUGAGACAAGCUUUUAGAAAUAAUAAUGUAAAAUUGGAGAAUGUAUUGUGUGUGCCAGAGCUAAAUUCGAAUUUACUUUUAGUUGCGAAGAUAACUGAUCAUGAGUAUGAUAUAAAUUUCAAUAAGCACAGAGCGAUAGUGUAUAACAAGUCGAACGGAAUUCAAAUGACAGCAGUUAGAGUGCAAGAUGCAUAUUAUGUAAGGACAUCCAUAAACCACGAGAAGACUGCGGCAAUGUCAACGGAUGAUGAUAUAGAGCACAAACGACUAUGACAUGCAAAUAAAGACAUCAUAGAAGAAAUAAGGAAAGUACGUGGAAAAGGGUAUGCGUGGGAAGAAAAGCAUGUAAGAAGUCACAUCCGCGACAUGAUGCGAGGAGAACAAAGCGUAUUAUGGAAUUGUGGCAUACAGACUUGAUAGGUCCGAUUAAAUCCUCAUCGUAUGGCAAGAAAAAGUACGUACUAAGUAUAAUCGAUGAUUUUUCGAGAAUGAUGUUUAUACAGCUACUAAGGGAUAAAAAUGAAGCAGCUGAAGAAUUAAAAAGAAUAAUAAUAUUAAAAUAAAAUCAAACGGAGCAACUGAAGAGAAUUAGGUCAGACAACGGUGGAGAAUAUCUUGGAAGAAACUUGAAAAAUUGAUUUGAUUCGAAAGGAAUUAAACACGAGCUAAGUCCCCCAAUGACUCCUGAAUGUAAUGAAGUAAUCCCAUCCUUAACAUGACAAACCACGGUUCUCAUGUUUAAAAGCGCAGUGAAAAAACUAACUAUGAAUAAGGACUAUGAACAAAUAAUAACAUAUUAAUAUUAAAACACAUAAUGUAUUCUAAAACUUACAAUACGUCAAUCACAAAUAUAUGCAGGAAGUCAAAUUUAUUUCUUCAUGAAUCGAGGUAGAAAAAUCAAUUGAAGUCCAUCCCGAAUGUGUUAUGCAUAUUUGUACAACAUUACAAUUGAAAGUAAAACACAUAAUAGAAUUAUGAAUUGCAAAUCUCACCAUAAUACGUUAAAAAAUUGCUAAAAUCUCUAAAUCUUCAUUUGCUCUUGCAUUUUUAUUAUUUAAGCGACUAUGUCACAUAUGUACGUCUUCAUAGAUGAAAUGAUUAACACAAUCUCACCG